GUGAAACGAAAAGUCUGGUUUGGUAUUGAUUUUUUGAUAUUCAUAAUACAUAAUCUCGCUGUUGCUGCAUUCUGUUGGGAAAUUGAACAGCAAACGGUAUCUUCAGAAAAAUGUCGGCGAAAUUGAAUGAAGCUCACGAACAUUGCAAGGCUGCAGAAAAGUUUUUGAAAACUUCACUGCUACGAUGGAAGCCAGAUUAUGAUUCAGCAGCAGAUGAAUAUAGUCAAGCAGCUCAAUGCUACCGCAUUGCACGUGAUUUGAAGAGCUCCAAAGAUUGCUAUAUUAAAGCUUCAGAAAUGUACAAGAAAAACCAUUCCUUUUUCCAUGCCGGGAAAGCCCUUGAGAAUGCAAUUAUUGUUAGUAAAGAAAUUUCAACUCCGGAUGAGAUUUUCACUUUGGCAUGCGAUUCUAGCAGUCUUUACCAGCAACAUGGUUCGGGUGAUUCUGGUGCGAAUGUCCUUGACAAAGCAGCCAAGAUUAUAGAGGAAAAUUCACCAGAGAAAGCCGUAAAGUUGUACCAACAAGCGGCUGAUGUAUCAUCUACUGAAAGCAGUCAACAUCAAGGAUCUGAAUACAUUAGUAAGUCAUCAAGGAUAUUAGUCAAAUUGCAAAGGUACGACGAAGCAGUGGACAGUCUUCGCAGGGAGAUUGGUUUCCAUCAGGAGGCUGGUAACAUAGGAGCUGUGGGUCGCCUCACAGUCGCCAUUGUGUUGGUGCAACUGGCUAGAGGAGAUGCAGUAGCUGCAGAAAAAGCUUAUAAAGAAUGGGGUAACAACUGCGAAGCACCUGAAAUGCAAACUAUUGAGCAGCUGCUGCAAGCUUAUGACGAAGAAGACAGGGACUCGGCUAAAAGGGCCCUGGCAUCUCCAUUUAUAAGAAGCAUGGAUGUAGAGUAUGCUCGUUUGGCAGCCUCAAUACCGCUGCCUGAAGGAAUCGAGCCUCCACCUAAAGCUGCAGUCAGAGAGAAUGCGGCACCAUCAUAUGUUAGCCCCAAUGCCUCAUAUAUGCAGGCAAAAUCAGAUGACAAUAAGGCAGACUACACAUAUGAAGAAAAGAAAACUGACGAUGAAGAUGGUUUGUGUUAAAUUAAAUCAAAAUUGUUGGGGAUAAAU